AGGGAGUCGGGCCCCGGGCUGAAGCCGCCACCUGGGCCGCUGCUGCCGCCAUAACCUCGAUCCCCCAUCUCCCGCCAUGGCCGAGGAGCUCUCCGCGGCCACGUCCUACACCGAAGAUGAUUUCUACUGCCCCGUCUGUCAGGAGGUGCUCAAAACGCCCGUACGGACCGCGGCUUGUCAGCACGUUUUCUGUAGAAAAUGUUUCCUGACUGCAAUGAGAGAAAGCGGAAUACAUUGUCCUCUGUGUCGUGGAAAUGUGACUAGAAGAGAGAGAGCAUGUCCUGAACGGGCCUUAGACCUUGAAAAUAUCAUGAGGAGGUUUUCUGGUAGCUGCAGAUGCUGUGCAAAACAGAUUAAAUUCUAUCGCAUGAGACAUCAUUACAAAUCUUGUAAGAAGUACCAAGAUGAAUAUGGUGUUUCUUCUGUCAUUCCAAACUUUCAGAUCUCUCAAGAUUCAGUAGGGAACAGUAAUAGGAGUGAAACAUCCACAUCUGAUAACACAGAAACGUAUCAAGAGAAUACAAGUUCUUCUGGGCAUCCCACCUUUAAGUGUCCCUUGUGUCAAGAAUCAAAUUUUACCAGACAGCGUUUACUGGAUCACUGUAAUAGUAAUCACCUAUUUCAGAUAGUUCCUGUGACAUGUCCUAUUUGUGUGUCUCUUCCUUGGGGAGAUCCUAGCCAGAUUACUAGAAAUUUCGUUAGUCAUCUAAAUCAAAGACAUCAAUUUGAUUAUGGAGAAUUUGUGAAUCUUCAGCUAGAUGAAGAAACCCAAUAUCAAACUGCUGUUGAAGAAUCUUUUCAGGUAAACAUCUGAAGUCUGUAGAUGUCUCUGCAUCUUUGUACCUGCAAGUGCCAUCUUUAAGGAGAAAACUACAUGAAGUCGCCGUUUCAAUAACUUGAUGUGUAUAUUAAUAAAAGUAAUUCAGUCUGUUGUUUUAGUUUUUAAUUGAAAAAUAAAGGUGGGCCAUCUAAAAACUUCAUUCUCUUGAUAAGUUAAAAGAUAAAAGUUAGGACAUUAUCUUUAAAAGCAUUAAAAGGAUUACAUUUCAUUAAUGUAAUGGUGAAAAGGGAAUCCCUGUUGUACUUAUCUUUUUAUAUUACAUAUUGAAUUUUUCCUUGCUUUUGAAAUUUGGUGCAGUUCCUCCCAUUGACAUUAUUGUACACAGGUAACACAGUACCAAAUUGUGAAAGAUGUGAUUGAUAUAAACCUAACAAAUCUGAGCCAGUUAUUUGAGUUGCAGAAUGGAGGCUUGAAGUGCUAAAUGAAACAAUCCAAAGGAAACUUUUUUAAAUACAGAUUCUAGCAGAAGAAUUCAACUAUUAUAAGAAAAUUGUAUUUAUAUAACGUUUAGUAUUUUUGAAGACUAGUGAGAUUUCUUUACUAAUUUUGACUCUUUAAAAAGUGAAAGCUCAUUGUAUAGAUAUUUCCUUUUUGCUGUUAGAAGGAAAUAUCAAGAGAAAAAUUUAUUUCUUUGGUGGGCAGUUGGUAAUUUCGUAUCUUGUUUGUUUGGCUGACUAAUUUGUAAGCCUAAAGUACAGUAAGCUGAAUUACAGCUCUUUGGCCUCAGAACUUUCAAUAGCAGAAUUGCUGAUUAGCUAAGAUGAAACUUUUAUUAGAAACUUUCAGUUGGUGAUAUUACAUUCUAUAUAUAUAUUUAAAUGAGAGAUUUGACUUCAUCUCAGUUUAGAAAUUUGUUCAAAUCUAAAGAUGUAUAUGCAUAUAUACAUACACUUUUGUAUGUGUAUAUAUGCAUAUAUGCAUGCAGUUUGUCAGGUUAUAUACAGAAUUUCUAUUAAGUUUUAAAAAAUGCACAAGCAAUAUGGGAUCAAAGUAUUUAUCUGAUUUGAUUAAAAUUUUGUAUGUCACCAAAUUUUUAAAGUAACAGUCAAAUGCUAAAUCAUCUACUUGGCUACUAUUACACCUUAAAAAUGAGUUUACACACCUACACAAUUACCUGUUUAUAUGGUGCUCAUUUGUUAUCUUAAGGUAAUGUGGGACUAUAGUAGUGAGAUGGAUUCUACCAGCCACUCUGUUUCACUACAUUUUAGUCAAAAACUGGGUUUGUUCUUAGUAUUCAUUAAUGAGAAUCAUAAAAUAACUUGUACUAGAAGGCCCAAAUCACAGAAUAAAAGAUGAAGAGUGGAUUAGCUGACAUUCCAUACUAAUACAUUGUUAAUGCUUUCUUUAAAAUAAAUAACUCAAAAGAACAUAAAAGAAAGUCUCAGAAGUAGUUUGCUGCUAAUAUAUACAUAUAUUGUAUAAAAAGGUAUAUUUUGAUUUUGUUAAAAUCCUUGUUGACUUUUUCUACAGUGAACAUUUUUUUAACUUGAUUUAAUAAAAAUGUUAAUUUUGGAAGUG